CAAUCCAUUAUACUAACCAUUUAGUGACUUGAUGUAUUAUUGUUUGGUAAGAGUGUUGGGUUCUCUGCAGCUGCUGAUGCUACCUGAGUUUCUAUAAUAAUUGGUUUGUUCAAGUUGCUGAUGACAUGGAUAGAUGUUGCAAAAGUUGAUAACCUUGGGAGAAGACCUCUGCUGAUUGGAGGUGUCAGUGGGAUUGCCCUUUCCUUGUUUCUACUUGCUGCUUAUUACAAAUUUCUUGGAGGACUCCCUCUUGUUGCUGUUGCAGCCCUGCUUCUCUAUGUGGGAUGCUACCAGGCUAGUAUUCUUUCUUUUCUGUUGACAGCUCUACUAUUUUUCAUCCACGGCUUGUUUCGAAUUGGAACACUUGUAGAACUAUUAUUUUGAAUUUUUGAUUUUUCAUGUCUGAGAUUCCUAAUAUAGAAAAGAGUAUAAGUUUGUAAAUAGCAAGAAUGCAAAUAUAGACUGCAGCAUCAAGAAAGAGGCCUAGGAUCCUUGUCCAAUGUUUUCGUUGACCAAAAGUCUUUGUUGUAAUUUAACUGAUUCUUCCUCCUAUAAACAACCUUUUAGAUAUCAUUUGGCCCUAUCAGUUGGCUAAUGGUGUCAGAGAUUUUCCCACUUCGAACAAGAGGCAAAGGGAUUAGUCUGGCAGUCCUGACUAACUUUGGUUCAAAUGCUAUUGUGACCUUUGUAUUCUCACCGUUGAAGGUAUUUGUAAAAUUUCCACUAAUCUCGGUUGUCAUUGUUAACUAUUUGUACACUUGCACUAUGAAUUGGAUCAAUAUCUUCUGAUUCUGCAAGAGCUACUAGGAGCAGACUGUUGGAGUUGUGGUGUUCAAGCUGCAAAAGUAGUAGCAAAUGAAAUGCACAUGAAAUGCAAAUGCACAUGAAAGGCUGCAAAGAGGUUGCAGAGCUGCCAAAGGACGCAAGUUGCAGCAAAAGUAGCUGUUAUGUGUUUAAAUUUCAAAUGUACUUUAUUGUUUUUUUAAUGUAGAAUAGAUUUGAAUUUUGAAA